CCCACAACUACACCAGUCGGAAACGAAAUACCGUCGUAUGAAUACGUCUCACUCGCCCGCGCGCACGCGAACCCAAGUUAUUCUCUUCGUCACACAUUUGUGACUGUAAGUGGAGUGAAACUUAUGAAAAUCUCAAGCAAUUAAUAAAAAUACAACAGUUUAGUGAAUACUACACACAAGGUGCCAUUCCACGGAUUAUUCUGACACAUUUCAGUGGAUGUUCGCGCCACGAAUUUUGUUUUUGUUUGCGCGGUUUAAGCCGGUGCACUAAUUGCUGUUGCGGAGUGUUCAAUGAUGGAGUGACAGUUGAAAAUGCGGUGGUUCAAGAAGGGCGAGCCGCCGCGGCUUCUGGCCGUCACGCCAGACGAACCGCGGCCCACGCGUCGGUCAAGAAUCGAUCUAUCCCCAGUGCGCUACCCGAAUCGGAAAAGUAGCAGCAGCUCGGUGGAAACCAACUUCUACAAUCUAAGCGAUCAAAUAAUAAUCGUUGAAAAAUCUCCACAUCGCCAUCGCGGCGAGACUCCAGUUAGUCGGCGCAUUUCGCUACAAAACGGCCCCACUUCACCACAGGAAAGUUAUAAUACAUCGCGCAAAAACCGCGGAGGCUCGCUAGAGAAAGAGUAUAUGGUUUGUCGAGAAAAGCGAAACCCGUUGCUCGAUAAAGUAAAGAACACUAAACUAUCUUGCUUCAAAUCGAACGGUCCAUUGCGGCACGGAGAUGAUGCCGCCUCUACAUCUGGAAGUGAUUGUAGCGGAUUUGGACACGUAGAAGAUGUCACUAAUUGUCGAUAUCCAAGCAAUUAUGCUGACAGCCACAUUGAAUUCGAAAAUCAUAAUCCUUGGGUCAAAAUGCCCAACUACGACGAUGAUGUCUUUUUCGUUAAAAAUAUGACUAGUCCGGUUGAGUGUCAAUGGAGGGAAGGCAAAUCAUUUACCAACAGAGGCACUCGAUGUUACAGCUCCGGUUCAGAAUGUGAUCGAUAUCAUGCAAUACCUAAAGCCGGAGCAAAACUUUCUAAAUCAAGCGAUCAAAUAUUUAAUGAUGACUAUGAAGCAUAUGGCGAUGUACCCAUGGCACUCAACCCACAAAAAAAGACUGAUAAACUUAAGACUAAGGAUGGCAAAGAUUCUGUAGGGCCCAGUUCAUGUCUCUCGGCAAAAUUAAGAGCUAUGUCAGACCGAUACCUGAAGUCAUCAACAAACCGAUUUCUAUCAAAGCUUUACCGACAAGCGGGCGAAAAUGACGAGGAGGUAAAUGGAAGCAAUGACAAUAUUUUAAAAACGACUAGUGCAGCUACCAAGAGUCGCAAGAAACGAGGUGGUGUCAAAGCUAAAUUACGCAGUUUCUCGUAUGGCGCUUUACCUGGUUUAGAAGAGUUCCAAAAAGGGCAUUCGGUAUUUCACGAUGAUGUAUAUCAAAUAUCAUGUGAUGAUGAAAACGUGCUAAUACAGGAUUGUGAAGACGCAGAUUCAGGCAUUCUUGUUAAUGAAUCUGCUGCCUCCUCCAUUUUCGAUAGUGACAGGAUAUCGUCACGUUGUGAAAGUUCGGCCUCACAAGCGACACACACACUUCAUCCUUGCCAUGGUCGGAGUGUCUCUGGAGACCAGAGCUAUAUGAAAGCCAGAACAUCAGGUAGAAUGAGCAGAGAGAGGAAAGAAUGUCCCAGACCUAGACCUAGACAUACCCAAAGAGCUUUAUCACUUGAUCGUAAGGAAAUUCUUAGGCGUAUGCCAAAAAAAGAAAAUGAUUACGAAGAACCACAAUACCUUCAGCUAACCGAAAAGCAGCGAAUGCGACAAAGAGAUGCCAGUCAAGAUUGUGGUAUUCCGCCAAUCCCUCCUUGCAGAAAACCGAGCAGAGGUAGCAGGUCGGACAAAACACAAAAUGAAUUUAAAGUUGUCAGAAUAAUUAGGAAUAAUCCGUCAGAUGAACUCGGAAUAUUUAUUGCCAAAACCAAAUUAACUGAUGAAGGUCAUGUGGGUUAUCUAGUCGCGCAUGUAGUUCCGGGUGGAUUAGCUGAAAAGGAAGGCACACUACGCAUAGGCGACGAACUACUAAAUGUUAAUGGUCGAAGACUUCGCGACCUCACCAUGUCUGAAGCCAAAGAAGCUCUCAAGUCAGGAACGGCAGAUAUCGACAUAGUGAUUUGUAGGCAACGAGAAAAAUCUGUAGACGCUAGACAAAGGGAACCGUCCCAAAGAAGCGUUAUACUAAUGAGGGAAAGUUCCGUGGACUACGAAAACGCAAUUAUAUUAGGGAAGGAAAAACGGGCUGACAAAUGUGACGUCAAAAUAGUUCGACGUCGGUCGCAGGAUGAGUCGGCGUGUAAUCAUACUGCGCUAUCAGCGGCGGACGAGUCGACCGACAGCGCUGCGACGGCACACUCACACUUCCUCAAGGGCCAGAACGCAAGCUACAGCAGCAUGAACAACAAGCUGUUGCGCCGGCAGGUCGUGAGCUACGGUGGCGCCAAUAAAGAUGCGCUCGCGCUCAGUUGUGCCAUCGACGUCGUUAACGUCGAUACGCCGGACGGUAUUGAACGGACAAAAAGUAAAGACGACAGUGAGAGUGAAACACAAACGCCAAAUGCAGCUAACUUUUGUACGUUACCACGGAGACCAAGGGCGCCGACUCACACCUACCACACCAUCACGUUCGAGAAGGGCCAUGGAAAGAAACCUCUCGGCUUCACUAUUGUUGGAGGGCGCGACUCACCCAGGGGUCCCUUGGGCAUAUUCAUCAAGAGCAUCUUACCCUCAGGACAAGCCAUUGAUGAUGGCAGGCUGAAAGCAGGAGACGAGGUACUUGCGGUGAAUGGACAAGCAUGUCAUGAGCUGGCGCAUGUAGAAGCACUAGCGCUCUUCAAGUCAGUGCGCAGUGGACCCAUAGAACUUAGGGUCUGCAGACGAGUUAAGAAUUCACAAUCAACCAAAGCCAAAUCGUGCACAGACCUUCUCAAUGAUGACGAGUGAAGCUACUUCAGAAGAUUUUACUGUACAUAGCAUGAAUGCAUGGAACUACUUUUGCAUGCCGUAUUUUAUUUCGUUUAUUUAAUUUCUGCAUGAGAGCACUGUUAUUUGAAAAAUUAUUACUUGUUACAAAAUAUAAUCUUAAGUUGCUAUCAAAUAGCUAUAAAGCAAUCAUAUUUAAAAGAAGUUUAUAAAACGUUUUUAUUGCACAGCCUAUUUGGUCAAAAGCCGCGUAUCUAAUCAUGGUCUGUAUUAUUCUUUAUUGAUGCAAAGUGCUCUAUCAUGAAAUCAAUGUGUCAUGGGCCUCAUCCAACCGUGUCUUGUACUACUUCAAUCGUAAACUAUCUAUCUUUGAAUGUGCCAUUUAAUAGUAGUUGCACAUUAAACGCUUUCACUUAGGUUAACAAAAAAUCUUGCUAAAUCUUUUCGAAAUGAAUUCUGUACCUGACUUAUUUCUCUGUAUUUUCCUUUUAAUUUAACAACGCUCAAACCUAGUGGAUACCUAAACUGAGAAAUCCAAAGAUAAAAUUAGGUAUUUCUGAAUCAAUAGAUUUUCCUACCUACGUUUUAAUGUACCUAUUUCGAUAAGAGAAUCAUGUAGAUACACUAGACUUAGAACUAGAAAUCUAGGCGUAGACGGUUACGACAAAUAUUACUUUAGAUAUCUAAAUAAAAACUUAGUAACAAUUUCUUGGUCAAUAGAUUUAGAAAAACAAAUAAAUUGUAUGUAAUAUCGAUAUUGAUGAAAUUGUAAUAACGUGCAAUAAAAUUUAAUCGACUAUUUUAAAAGUAGAAACGUGCACUCUUGAAGAUCUGUCUACUGUGAUAGUUUAUUUUGUAUUAAAUUUAUUUUUGAGACCCUUUGAUUUGGGAAAUUGUAGAGGGAUUUGACAUAGAUAAGAACUAAGAUCUUUGAAAUAUGAAUACUGGCAAUACCUAGCAGGUAUUUACUAAGCUAUGUCAAGCACCUUUUACAAUAUAUCUUAAAAACUUGUUAGACUGAGCCAUCGUUUGUUAAUAUCUAAUUAUGAUUCGUUUUUCGUUACAGCAUGUUCUGUGAAUUAAUCUUAUUUAAUAUAUUUCUAUCUAUUGUUGUAGGACCUCAAGACUUUUUGAUAUGGCACAAAAUAUUUCCAGUGAUUUUAUAAUCUUUUUAUUGUUGCUGUACACUUGUAGGUAUAAAACAAGCAUGUAUUGAUUUUUUACUUGAAUUAUUUGCUAUAGAAACUAGUGUAAAACAAGAUUGUAAAAUAACUAGUAGCUAAGACAAUUUUUAUGUACAGAAAAAAUACUCUUAUGUGUACUUUGAUUCGCUAAAAAUAAUUAUGCAGUAUCUAACAUCAGAUCAGUAAUAUCUUUUACUUUUCUUUCAAUUGACUGUACAAGUUUUUGUUUUUGUAAUCACUAGUUGGCGCCACUGGCGUAUUAAGUCUUACUUACCAAACUUGCUUACCUUGGUGAAGUAGUCUUAAGAUCUUAAGUACUUUACAUACUAGCAAAACAAAAACUCUAAUUAAUCGAAUUUUAGUAUACAAUACAGUAUUUAUUUCUAGUUUGCGUAAGAAUAUUUAGUUUUUUCAACCUUUAUUGCCAAUGCUGUUAUUUUUCAAUCUUGUUUUACAAAUUAUACUUGCAACAAAUAUUAUGUAUACCCGAUGUUCGCUCGCGUUUUAACGAGUGAUAAAUUAAUCUGUUUCUUAUUAGUUAUUCAAUUAUUGUAAUUACGUAGAUGUCAUUUUCUAAUCGUUUGAAAAGGCUUAUUAUUUUAUUAUAGAUAGGUACAUAUCAUAAAAUUAUAAUUGUAAUAUUUGAUUGUUUAAAUAUAAUAAUCAUAAAUAUA